UGGAUGAAUAAUUAUGAGAGUGGUAGUGUGAUGUUUGACUAUUGUUGUUUAAUAACACUAGUAAUACCGUGGAAACGUUCGACCGGCAGUAAUGAACAGUCAUAUAUUGCUCCUUUAUUAUGUGUGAACUUGCUGCCAUUAUUAGUAUGUGUCAUUCACAGAUUUAGGAUGCUGCACGUGUGUGGAUUAUUCCUUUGCGGCAAUGGCCAAUUGAGAGCAAACCUUAUACCUUCCUCACAGACCACUUAUGAUGGCUACCAUUCAGAGCUAGACUGUAGAGUUUGGUCUGCGCCAGGAACAUAUUCCCCGCGCAGACCAAAUAAUUCCACGCAUAUGUAGUUCUCAGGAGGCUUCAUACAGUAACCCUUCAGAAGGGGUUUUGCAUCAAGAUUUCAUGAGAUCCAGUAGAGCAUCAGCCCAUAAUCACCAAAACAGUGGUUCAUCAUCAGCCAGACACUGUAGGCUCCACACUCAAUAAAAAAUGCCCAUAAUGAACAUUUUGAAGAUGAGAGGUUGUUUACCAGCACUGAACCGCAAGACUUUGAAAGUGAGAUCCCAAAGUCAUCCACAACAAAUAAGCAGCAUCUUUCAUCACAUAUCGAAGACAUCAUUUGGGUCUGAUAUCAAGAGCCAAGGGUUUCACAGUAUCAGAUUAAGUGGACAUUAUGUGAAUUGUAAUAACCAGUCAGGUGCAAGUAACAGAUGGGAAAGAUCCUCUGUAAAUCAGCAAACAAGGUCAUUCUUUUCUUACUUUCCUAAAAAAAAGACUUUAGAGGAACAGCAAAAGGCAGAUAAUGUAGAUACUCACUAUGAUCUAGUCUAUAGUGGUAAUUCACUGUGGUAUAUUCAUUUAGCAUUAAGUUCGGUGCAUCUGUCUGCUGCUGCAGUUGGUGUCUGUUUUACAGGAGAGAAACUAGGUUUUCCAGUUUUGAAUUUGAUUGAUGAAAUUAUGGCAGCUCCUCUAGAAGCUGGCUGUUUCAUUACUUUUUCAACUGCCAUAUGUUUAGCUAUUGUUCAACUUUCAAAGCAGUAUCCUUUUCGUAUUUACUACAGUGAGCUUGAAAAUCAAUUCAUUGUUAUAUUAUCUAGUUUAGCACCAUUUUCAACAAGAAAAGUUUUUUUACAGCCAGGAGAACUUAAACCACUACCACCUGGGCGAUUAACUAGUGUGUUACCAUGGUCUACCCACGUAUAUAAAGGUCCUUCACAAAACUUGUUACUCUUUUUGGACAGCUUUAAGUACCCAGUAUAUUUCAAUAUGCUUCUUGGUUAUCAGUAAGAUAUUGUUUGUAGAUCUAAAAAAAAAAAAUAGAUAUUUGUAUAUAAACAUAAGUUAUUUGGAUUUAUUUUACAGAUAGCCUUCCUAUUCAAGCAUCAACAAAGCUUGUGAUUCAUAUGUUUGUAAUGUGUAUAUAUAUUUUUAGAUAUGGUGUAAAUAAUCUUCAGUAAUUUUGACAAGCCACAUAAAUCAGCCUUUCUGUAUCCUUUAAUACACUGAUUAUUUGGGUAAAAUUACUGGAGGAAAUAAAAUACCUACUCUUCCAGAA